CCGACGCCCAGAAACACGCCGGAGACCUACUGAUCGUGGCCGAUCCGCGGAGGCAGAAAGGGAAGAUGGCGAACGACUCCCCUGCCAAAAGUCUGGUGGACAUCGACCUGUCCUCCCUGCGGGAUCCGGCGGGGAUUUUCGAGCUGGUAGAAGUGGUGGGAAAUGGCACCUACGGACAAGUCUAUAAGGGUCGACAUGUUAAAACAGGUCAGCUGGCAGCCAUCAAAGUUAUGGAUGUUACCGAGGAUGAAGAGGAGGAAAUCAAACUGGAGAUAAAUAUGCUGAAGAAAUAUUCUCAUCAUAGAAAUAUUGCAACGUAUUAUGGUGCUUUCAUUAAAAAGAGCCCCCCAGGACACGAUGACCAGCUUUGGCUCGUUAUGGAGUUCUGUGGGGCCGGAUCCAUCACAGACCUCGUCAAGAACACCAAGGGCAACACGCUAAAGGAAGACUGGAUAGCCUACAUCUCCAGGGAGAUCCUGCGGGGCCUGGCCCAUCUCCACAUCCAUCACGUGAUCCACCGCGAUAUCAAGGGCCAGAAUGUGCUGCUGACCGAGAACGCAGAGGUGAAGCUGGUGGACUUCGGAGUGAGCGCCCAGCUGGACAGGACCGUGGGGAGGAGGAACACGUUCAUAGGCACCCCAUACUGGAUGGCCCCCGAGGUCAUCGCCUGUGACGAGAACCCCGAUGCCACCUACGAUUACAGGAGUGACCUCUGGUCCUGUGGCAUCACUGCCAUUGAGAUGGCUGAAGGCGCUCCCCCUCUCUGUGACAUGCAUCCCAUGAGAGCCCUGUUUCUCAUCCCCCGAAAUCCUCCUCCCCGGCUGAAGUCCAAAAAAUGGUCCAAGAAGUUUUUUAGUUUUAUAGAAGGAUGCCUGGUGAAGAAUUACAUGCAGCGGCCCUCCACCGAGCAGCUUCUGAAGCAUCCUUUCAUUAGGGAUCAGCCGAACGAAAGGCAGGUUAGAAUCCAGCUUAAGGACCAUAUAGACCGGACCAGGAAGAAGAGAGGAGAGAAAGAUGAAACCGAGUAUGAGUACAGUGGGAGUGAGGAAGAGGAGGAGGAGGCGCCUGAGCAGGAGGGGGAGCCCAGCUCGAUCGUCAACGUGCCGGGGGAGUCAACGCUGCGCCGGGACUUCCUGCGGCUGCAGCAGGAGAACAAGGAGCGCUCCGAGGCCCUGAGGAGGCAGCAGCUCCUGCAGGAGCAGCAGCUCCGGGAGCAGGAGGAGUAUAAGCGGCAGCUGCUGGCGGAGAGGCAGAAGCGGAUUGAGCAGCAGAAGGAGCAGCGGCGGCGGCUGGAAGAGCAACAGAGGAGAGAGCGGGAAGCCAGAAGGCAGCAGGAACGUGAGCAGCGGAGGCGGGAACAGGAGGAGAAGAGGCGGCUGGAGGAGCUGGAGAGACGACGGAAGGAAGAAGAGGAGCGGAGGCGGGCGGAGGAGGAGAAGAGGAGAGUGGAGAGGGAGCAGGAAUACAUCCGACGGCAGCUGGAAGAGGAGCAGCGCCACCUGGAACUGCUUCAGCAGCAGCUGCUCCAGGAGCAGGCCAUGCUACUGGAGUGCCGCUGGCGGGAGCUGGAGGAGCACCGGCAGGCAGAGCGGCUCCAGAGGCAGCUGCAGCAAGAACAAGCCUAUCUCCUGUCUCUACAGCACGACCCCCGGAGGCCGCCCCCACCGCCAGACAGGAGCAAGGCCGGCCUGCACGAGCCCAAGGCCCAGCAUGAGCCCGCUGACCGGGCCCGCGAGGUGGAAGAUAGAUUUAGGAAAACUAACCACAGCUCCCCUGAAGCCCAGUCUAAGCAGACGGGCCGAGUAUUGGAACCUCCAGUGCCUUCCAGAUCAGAGUCUUUUUCCAGUGGCAACUCCGAGUCUGUGCACCCUGCCCUGCAGAGACCCGCCGAGCCACAGGUACAGUGGUCCCACCUGGCAUCUCUCAAGAACAAUGUUUCCCCUGUCUCGAGAUCCCAUUCCUUCAGUGACCCUUCUCCUCCCAAAUUUGCACACCACCAUCUUCGCUCUCAGGACCCCUGCCCACCUUCCCGCAGUGAGGUGCUCAGUCAGAGUUCUGACUCUAAGGCGGAGGUGCCCGACCCAGCCCAGAAGGCUUGGUCUAGAUCAGACAGUGACGAGGUGCCUCCAAGGGUCCCUGUGAGAACAACGUCGCGGUCCCCUGUCCUGUCCCGCCGGGAUUCCCCACUGCAGGGCAGUGGGCAGCAGAAUAGCCAAGCUGGUCAGAGAAACUCCACCAGUAGCAUCGAGCCGAGGCUGCUCUGGGAGAGAGUGGAGAAGCUGGCGCCCAGGCCAGGCAGUGGCAGCUCCUCGGGGUCCAGCAACUCAGGGUCCCAGCCCGGCUCCCACCCGGGGUCUCAGAGUGGCUCCGGGGAGCGCUUCAGAGUGAGAUCAUCGUCCAAAUCUGAAGGCUCGCCAUCCCAGCGCCUUGAAAACGCAGCAAAAAAGCCUGAAGAUAAAAAGGAAGUGUUUAGACCUCUCAAGCCUGCUGACCUGACGGCGCUGGCCAAAGAGCUGCGGGCCGUGGAGGACGUGCGGCCGCCACACAAGGUGACGGACUACUCCUCCUCCAGCGAGGAGUCGGGGACGACGGACGAGGAGGACGACGACGCGGAGCAGGAAGGGGCCGAGGAGCCCACGUCUGGCCCGGAGGACCCCAGAGCCGCAUCAUCUCUGAACUUGAGCAACGGUGAAACGGAGUCCGUGAAAACCAUGGUUGUCCAUGACGACGUGGAGAGUGAACCAGCCCUGACCCCGUCCAAAGAGGGCACGCUGAUCGUCCGCCAGAGUGCAGUUGACCAAAAGCGCGCCAGCCAUCAUGAGAGCAAUGGCUUUGCGGGUCGCAUUCACCUCUUGCCAGAUCUCUUACAGCAAAGCCAUUCCUCCUCCACUUCCUCCACCUCCUCUUCCCCAUCCUCCAGCCAGCCGACACCCACCAUGUCCCCACAGACACCCCAGGACAAGCUCACUACUAAUGAGACUCAGUCCGCUAGUAACACACUCCAGAAACACAAAUCUUCCUCCUCCUUUACACCUUUUAUAGACCCCAGAUUACUACAGAUUUCUCCAUCUAGCGGGACAACAGUGACUUCUGUGGUGGGGUUUUCCUGUGAUGGAAUGAGACCCGAGGCCAUGAGGCAAGAUCCUACGCGGAAGGGCUCAGUGGUCAAUGUCAAUCCCACCAAUACUCGGCCCCAGAGCGACACCCCAGAGAUUCGCAAAUACAAGAAGAGGUUUAACUCCGAGAUCCUGUGCGCUGCCUUGUGGGGGGUGAACUUGUUGGUGGGUACCGAGAGUGGCCUGAUGCUGCUGGACAGAAGUGGCCAAGGGAAGGUGUAUCCUCUGAUCAACAGAAGGCGAUUUCAGCAGAUGGACGUCCUGGAAGGCUUGAACGUCUUAGUGACGAUAUCUGGCAAAAAGGAUAAGUUACGUGUCUACUAUUUGUCCUGGUUAAGAAAUAAAAUACUACACAACGACCCAGAGGUUGAGAAGAAGCAGGGCUGGACGACAGUGGGGGACCUGGAAGGCUGUGUGCAUUAUAAAGUUGUUAAAUAUGAAAGGAUCAAAUUUCUGGUGAUUGCUUUGAAGAGCUCUGUGGAAGUCUACGCGUGGGCACCCAAGCCAUAUCACAAAUUCAUGGCCUUUAAGUCGUUUGGCGAGCUGGUGCACAAGCCGUUGCUGGUGGAUCUCACUGUUGAGGAAGGCCAGAGGCUGAAGGUGAUCUAUGGAUCCUGUGCUGGAUUCCAUGCUGUUGAUGUGGACUCAGGAUCGGUCUAUGACAUUUACCUACCAACACACAUCCAGUGUAGCAUCAAACCCCACGCAAUCAUCAUCCUCCCCAACACGGACGGCAUGGAGCUCCUAGUGUGCUAUGAAGAUGAAGGGGUUUACGUGAACACGUACGGGAGGAUCACCAAGGAUGUGGUUCUGCAGUGGGGAGAGAUGCCGACGUCUGUAGCAUAUAUUCGAUCCAAUCAGACGAUGGGCUGGGGAGAAAAGGCCAUAGAGAUCCGAUCUGUGGAAACUGGCCACUUGGAUGGCGUGUUUAUGCACAAAAGGGCUCAAAGGCUGAAAUUCUUGUGUGAACGCAAUGACAAGGUGUUCUUUGCCUCGGUCCGGUCUGGGGGCAGCAGCCAGGUUUACUUCAUGACUCUCGGCAGGACCUCUCUUCUGAGCUGGUAGGAGUGGCGGGCUAGGCUGCGGCCCCGGAGGUGUCGACCACGAGAACCCGGAGAUCCUGGCAACUGGAGCGCAGAGCUGCCCGGGCCGCGUGGGCGGGGUCUCCUCCCCGCCCCCACCCGCUCUUACCAGUUCAUCCCCAUUCUCUUCCUGUCCUGUUCGAAAUAAAUGAGGCUGCAUCGCAGCUGGUGCUGUUGAG